GGGCCAGACUGAAUGAGGAAACAGUAAAGCUAGGAAGUCACGCACGCAGGACGGUAGAGCUACAGGCUGGGAAUUGCGGCUUUUUACAUGGUGAGCAGAGCAAAAUGAGCAGACACACCGGCCAGGUUCAUGCAGCGCGUUACCAGCGUAAAGAAGGGAGCAAUGAGGAGCAGAAAGGAGGCGUUUAUUGUGAUAUUUAAAGCGUCUUCACUCGCUCAGCCCUGCAGCCUGAGCAGGAGAUCAGCUCUCAGCACUGCAGCCUGAGCAGGAGAUCAGCUCUCAGCACUGCAGCCUGAGCAGGAGAUCAGCUCUCAGUUCUCCAGCCUGAGCAGGAGAUCCGCUCUCAGCACUGCAGCCUGAGCAGGAGCUCCGCUCUCAGCACUGCAGCCUGAGCAGGAGCUCCGCUCUCAGCUCUCCAGCCUGAGCAGGAGCUCCGCUCUCCAGCCUGAGCAGGAGCUCCGCUCUCAGCUCUCCAGCCUGAGCAGGAGCUCCGCUCUCAGCUCUCCAGCCUGAGCAGGAGCUCCGCUCUCCAGCCUGAGCAGGAGCUCCGCUCUCCAGCCUGAGCAGGAGCUCCGCUCUCAGCUCUCCAGCCUGAGCAGGAGAUCCGCUCUCAGCUCUCCAGCCUGAGCAGGAGCUCCGCUCUCAGCUCUCCAGCCUGAGCAGUGCCCUAGUCACCAGCAGCUGUAAACUUCACUUUGUUCUCAGAUUUAAUUUAUUUUUAUUUCAUUUUAUUCAUAUUUUUGACGCCGUUCGUCGUCUUCACCUCUCUUCCGGAUUCUCCAAAAUCUCUGAGCUCCUUUGAGGCCUCACUCCAGACAUGACGUCGGCCAGGCUGAAGUACCUGUCUCUGAGUGUGCUGGUGUUCCAGACCACCUCUCUGGUGCUGACCAUGCGCUACUCGCGCACCCUGCAGUCCGACGGGCCGCGCUACCUGGCCUCUUCCGCCGUGGUGGUGGCUGAGCUGCUGAAAAUCCUCACCUGCGUUGGCCUCGUCUGCAAAGAGCACAGUUACAGCGUCCGUGCCCUCAGCAGCAUCCUCAGGCAGGAGAUCCUUCACAAGCCCAUAGAGACGCUGAAGUUAGCCAUUCCCUCAGGAAUCUACACGCUGCAGAAUAACCUGUUGUAUGUAGCACUGUCGAACCUGGAUGCUGCUACGUACCAGGUCACCUACCAGCUGAAGAUCUUGACCACAGCACUUUUCUCUGUGUCCAUGCUGGGUCGCAGACUGGGUCUGUACCAGUGGCUCUCAUUGCUCAUCCUGAUGGCUGGAGUGGCGCUUGUUCAGUGGCCCACAGACUCUCCAGGCACCCCUGAGAAGGAGCAGCCUGCGGGCGGUUCACCGUUUGUCGGGCUGGUGGCCGUGUUAGUGGCCUGCUGCUCCAGCGGCUUCGCUGGUGUCUACUUCGAGAAGAUUCUGAAGGAGACCAAGCAGAGUGUUUGGGUCAGAAACAUACAGCUGGGUAUGUUCGGUCUGGUUUUUGGCCUGUUUGGGAUGCUGCUGUAUGAUGGAGAGAGAGUACGAGAGCACGGAAUGUUCCAGGGCUACAACUCCAUCACCUGGGCCGUGGUUUCCUUGCAGGCUCUGGGAGGCCUGGUCAUAGCUGCUGUUAUAAAGUAUGCAGACAAUAUCCUUAAAGGCUUCGCCACCUCGCUCUCCAUCAUCCUGUCUACACUCAUUUCCUACUUCUGGCUGCAAGACUUUGAGCCUACAAGCAUCUUCUUCCUAGGAGCCGUCUUGGUCAUAGUUGCGACGUUUCUAUAUGGCUACGAGAGCAAGCCAGCGUCCAACCCCAGCCGAGCAUAACUACCGAAGCAGGAAACCCAGGAGUGGAGGGACCCGAACGUAAACGAGAGGAAGACGGAAAGGCCAAAAGGAUGAUGGAAUGAGGAGGAAGAGCGAAAGAGAGAUGGGGAGAGAAGUUAAGGUGGUCCCUGUGGUGUUCUCCUGAAGUGGCUCAUUUAAUUUGAAAGAAAAGCAGACACCGGUAGGCCCUACUGUGGGCAAAGAGAGAGACUUUGGUCAGCCAGAGGAGCCAAAAUUGCAAGCAUUUUUAUGUCAUAUGAACUCAAACUACUUGAUGGACGCAAGCAAGAUGAGCUCCCAGGAGCUGCGUACACUGUCUGAGGUCUAACACUCAGAGACGCUUGAGUUCAUUUUCAACUUUGAGGCUUGUUUUGGGCUUCUGUCACUGAUUAACUGCCUCGGUUCUGAAUAGGUCACCUGUUCUCCAGCCGUAUCAGUCCUCAGUUGUGAUCUCUCAGACGUGUCAACCAGCUAUUCACCCUCGAAGAAAGCCUGUGCACCCGGGACAUUAAAGAUACAAUGAGUCAAAUGUUCUACUAAAACUUGAAGAAAUAUUAUAAGAAAUUAAUAUUAAAUCUUAUUAGGAUGUAUGGGGUGUUUAUGUAGAUGGGAAGAAAGUGGCCAUUUGCGUUUAUGUGGUGGCCUCGUUGACAUGGGAAGCCACUCUCUGUUCUGUUCACGUGACAAUCAUGUGACCAGCUGUGUGAGUAAUAUACGGUCAGUAGACGUCCUCUGAAAAUGGAAGUGGGAGUUUUAUUUUUGGUCGUAAGCGUGAUUUCUUUUGAUUUUAGAUCUGAUUCAUUCUCUGGGAAUUCAUUUUUGUUAUAAAACGCAUUCUGAAGCCAUUUUAAAAAUAAAGAAAAAUCUGUGGUACA